CAAUGAUCCUCAAUGACAAUGAUGACUUUAUCCGAUAUCGUCGACCGCAGCAAAUCAUUUCAUUGAUACGCACUGAAAUCUUUGCUACGUUGUCUCAUGAGACCGAUGCUAUUGCGAAAGCCAAACAUUUAGAUAAAUUAGAAAAAUUAAUUGAACAAUUUCGUAUUAAUCUUUGUGGGAAUUUUCAUCGUCAACCUUGGAAAGAAAAUCAAAAUGAUUUUCGACUUGAACGUGAAUUUAUUUCACAAAAUAUGCUGGGAUAUUUUAUAUUUAACUUGGAUCGAUUUGAACGACCAAUUAUUGCCGAAAACUAUGUCAAAAUUUUUGUUCACAUUAUCACAAAAUAUGCAUAUGGUACUAGGAGACCAUAUCUGGAAAAAUUGGAGAAUAAAAGUCCAUUAUUGUUGAAAAGAUUGUUAUAUUUCCUGGCUACCGAUCCGGAUAAUUCUAUUUUUGCUGCUAAAAUUUUAAUUGAAACUUUUAAUCAAAUAUUUUCCAGUGAUAAAGCCAAUUAUUAUGUUAGAUUGUCAAUGAUUAAAUUGUUUGGACAACUAAUACAGAAUCGUCAUUUGCAAAAGUUAAUACAAACCUAUACCAUUAGUUUGGAUAAUUUCAAUUUGAUUUACGAAUUAAUGAAAAAAGCGGACAAAGAAAAUCGUAACGUUGAAUUUACUAAACUGUUUGAAAUUAUUCGAUUAUUCAUAAUGAAUCCGGUAAAUGUUGAAGAAAAUAAUUCAAUGAAAAAAGUUUUCAUCGAUGAAUAUAAUUUGUUAACGAAAUUCAUAGGCAAAGCACAAAGUAUUCGAUCAUAUACGGACAUUGCUCUGUUUACACCAGAAUAUUCAGACGUAAUGGAUAAAUUAAAUAGGAUCCGUAAUCCGGACAUUCCACCAGAUAAAACAUUCCGUUCAGAAAUGAGUGUAAAAAGUUUAGGCUCAUGUCUUUGAAAAAAACAUAUUCAAUUCUAAAAUGUUUUAUUUUUCUAAAAAUAAAAUUAAAAAUACAUGCCAAUUA